CGGUUUAGUAGUUUCAGAGCCUAUUCAAUACAAACAAACAAACAAAUCUUUCCUCUUUAUAAUAUUAGUAUAGAUUAUAGGUUAGUAGCUUUUCAUCACCGGCGUUGGUAAAAAAAAGAUUCUAUUCCAUUACGUUUCAAUAGACUAUCGCAAAUACGUAUCCGAUUCAUUAGGUUUCUUUCAGUGAACCCUCCUGGUACCUAAAUAUCGUGUAUUUUUAUACAUCCAUACACUUUAAAAUGGGCUAAACCUAAUUUGGUCAACCAUUGAUGUGUAAUGUGGGAAUAUUGUCAUUAUAAAGUUCAUAUUUAUAAAUAUUAUAUUUUUUCAACCGAUGUGUACCGAAUUUUGUCCACCUGAUGGUUGUCUGGAGAAAAUCGCUUUUACCCAUUAUCCUUUUUUUAUUUAAUGUUUUUAAUUUGUGUUUUUAUUUUAGUGUACAAACAUACUGUACUGUACUCUACUAUGUUCAACCCAUAACUCUUCAUUUAUCUUGUAAUCAAUACAUAAUAAGAAUGAUGUCUCUCCACUUUUUUUUAAAUUGUACUACUGUUUAACUUUUUUCUCACUAUGAAAGAAUCGCGAACACUAUAUAUUUCUGCCGAUUAAAUUUAACUGGUGCUAUUUACCUGAUUCUGUUGUUAGGGUAGUAACAUUACUCUCGCGUAGGUCGUAAACAUGUUCGGAGUUUUUUGACACUAGUUCAUUGAUAAACUUUAUUUUCAUUUGUAUCUCUCGGUUUAUUGCUAACUAAUAGUAGUACUAGUAUUGAUUAGGUCUCGAUUACAAACUUUUCAAGUUUCCUAAUAGUAUAAAACAAAUUAGAUUAUGUACAGGGCAAUGUUCCUAACACAAUACAAAUGAUAAUUAUUUUAUCAUAUUCACAGGACGUCCACCUUAAUGAAGAUGAAAGAGAAAAAGCUAACUGGUACACUGCAGAAUGUGGUAUAGAAACUGGCGUGAGCACCGAAGUGAUAAAUGCAGCGAAGAUUGGAAAGUACUCCGAAGAUAAAGCUUUUAAGAAAUUCGUGCUUUGCUUUUUCAACAAAUCCGCAAUCUUGAACUCAGAUGGUACAUUGAACAUGGUUGUUGCGCUAGCAAAACUUCCUUCUGGUGUUAAUAAAUCUGAAGCCCAAAGCGUACUAGAACAGUGCAAGAAUAAGACCGGCCAAGACGCAGCCGAUAAAGCCUUUGCGAUCUUACAAUGCUUUCAGAAAGGGACCAAGACACAUAUUUUAUUUUAAUUAAUCUCCAAAUAAGUAAUUAUAUUGGACAUUCUAAAUUAUUACCCACUGUUUUGAAAUAAUUCAAAAUCUCAUUAAACCAAU